AUGUGUAUCGACUAUAAGCAGCUGAUUAAAGUGACGAUUAAGAACAAGUGUCCACUUCCGAGGAUGGAUGAUUUAUUUGAUCAGUUGCAGGGUGCCAAAUGCUUCUCGAAGACACACUGGAGGUCAGGUUAUCAUGAGGUUAGUUUAUCAUCAGGUCAGGGUCAGAGAGAAAGAUAUUCUGAAUAUAGCAUUCAGGGUCAUGAGCUUCACCAGUUAGCCAGCCUAGGAGUUCAAUUACUGGGCUCAGGCGAUGCAGGGAUUACAGUUCAAGAUACAGUGACAUUAUCCUUAGUAGAUGAGGUUCAGGAACACCAGUAUGAGGAUCCUACCUUGAUUCAGUACAGAGAGACAGCUCCGCAGAAAGAAAAGUCACUAUUCGAGAUCACUAGAGAUGGAGUCCUGAGAUAUCGAGGUAGAUUGUGUGUUCCCGAUGUUGUAGAGUUACGCCAGUAG